AAUUACAUCCUUUUCCUAUGGUCACAGCUUGUAAAAGCAAUCAGUCUGACCUAAGGCUUCUCAAAGUGCUUCAGACAAAUUCAGACGAGUAUGCAUAAAGUUAAAGACCCUUUCUGAUCUGGUUUCUGUUAGCCCAUCCAACCCUUGUCAGACACUCCUGUCACUCCCUGCAGUGACUGUCAUGUUCCACUGAGACCUUGGGCUUGCAUAUUUGUUCCUUCUGGCUGCAAUGUGCCUGCCCCUUGCUCCAUCCCUUUGCCCAUUUGGCAAGUUCAAAUGAUCUUUUGGGUCUUGCCCAGAUGCUACCUCCAGGGGAAGCUUUUGAGGACAGUAGUAGAGAGGGUCAAUGCCUGCUGUAGCAUCUAGUUAGGUUCCCCUAGCACCGCGACUGCCCUUGUCAGACACAAAAAACAGGGGAUGGAAAUGUUCCCUGAGCUGUGCUCUCCACUAGAUGGUGAGCUCCAUGCAGGCCAGGGCUGGUGACUUGCCCAUCAGUAGAUCCCUUGAACAGGCCUUGAGCACAGUGGGAACUCAGUAAACAUUCCCCAAAGGAAUCAGUUAACAAAAGUGCUUUAUAAGAAGCAAAGCGGAAGCACUCAAGGUCUCGAGGCAGGGGAGUGAGCCCCUCAGAUCUGUGCCUCCAAGGUCAUGCUCAGAGCGGCUCUGGGCACAGGACCGCUCCUGCCCUCACAGGCAGCCGCGGAUGAAGGAAGUUCAUUUUGCUUUUCGACUUCGGAUUUCUUGUGCUGUGUUACUUGACUUUUAGCAUUUCUAGAUCACAUUUGGAUACCACAAAACAGCGGAAGCUGUUAUGGUAAUGGCCUCAGUUUCCCUUCCUGAAGUAGGACCGAUGAAAGAGCUUUUAAUUUAGUUCUGGACCCGAAGGCCCACUGUAACAGAAUUUCCCUGGUAAGAAGGUGUGGGAGGUAGAGGCGCCCCGGGAUCCACAGAUCUGACCUAUGGGGGAACUGGGCGCCAGGCUAGACCAUUCCGUGCCAUCACUAGUUGGUGAAGUCCACUGAGGUUGAAGACUGGCUUAGGGGCAGGACUUACAGCUCCGAGCUGGUCAGGCAAUGGAUCACAAUAUAUGUGUUGGAAAUUGCUGGCUAGCUACCUCAGUUUCCCUGUCUGUGCUAUCCUGAAGGACCAGAGCCACAGCAAGGGGCGCCCCGCGGGGAAGGUGAAGGAGUCAGGUUAAAAUGCUUCCAGCCGGCUCUAGGCUCCAGGAUCCGCUGAGCUGAUAGUGAGGCGCGGGCUCCAGGCUCCGCGGCGGAGAGAUCCUAAACUCCUUCCUCGAUCCAGGAGGAGAAAGCGGCGAAUUGGACCCGGGACGCCAGGCACUCCAGCGCGGGGCAGACCCGGCGCAGCAGAGCUGGGAGGGGCGAGUCUGGGCGCCGCGCACUAGGUGCUCCACGCCGCAGCUCCGGGCACUGGGGGCGGGAAGAGGUGGAGCCACAUGGGGAGGAGCAAACCCCGGAGGCCUCGGGCACAGUGGGCAGAGCCAGACCCGCAGGAACCCGAGUCGGGGCGCGCUGCCUCCACAGAGCCAGCCGUCCCGGCCGAAAGCAGCCGCUGCAGCCGGAGCCACCGCCUGAUUUCAGUGCACAGCGGGAAAGAAAGGCUUCUUCAAUCCCGGAGCUGCCAGGUUACCCGCGCUGCCACUGGCAGCGCCCAGCCGGACCUGCCACUUGGGUCCCCGUUGCGCUAUGGAUUCCUCGGAGAAGAAGAUAUCGGUGUGGAUCUGCCAGGAGGAGAAGCUGGUGUCCGGCCUCUCUCGCCGCACCACCUGCUCCGACGUGGUGCGGGUGCUUUUGGAGGACGGCUGCCGGCGGCGACGGAGGCAGCGGCGGGGCCAGCGACGCGGGAUGGCGGAUGAGCCAUCCGGGCUGGUGGAGCUGCCGGAACCGCGGGACGAAGAGGACGAGGACGACGAGGAGGAGGCGCUGCCCCAGGGCAUGCUGUGUGGGCCCCCGCAGUGCUACUGCAUCGUGGAGAAGUGGCGGGGCUUUGAGCGCAUCCUGCCCAACAAGACGCGCAUCUUGCGCCUCUGGACCGCCUGGGGCGACGAGCAGGAGAAUGUGCGCUUCGUGCUGGUGCGCAGCGAGGCGUCGCUGCCCAACGCCGGCCCGCGCAGCGCCGAGGCGCGCGUAGUGCUCAGCCGCGAGCGCCCCUGCUUGGCCCGGGGAGCCCCCGCGCGGCCCAGCCUGGCCUUGACCCAGGAGAAGCAGCGGCGGGUGGUGCGCAAGGCCUUCCGCAAGCUGGCCAAGCUCAACCGGCGGCGCCAGCAGCAGCCGCCGUCGCCUUGUUCGUCCACCUCUUCGUCCACCGCCUCGUCCUGCUCGUCGCCGCCGCGGUCGCACGAGAGCGCGUCGGUGGAGCGCAUGGAGACGCUGGUGCAUCUGGUGCUGUCGCAAGAUCACACCAUCCGGCAGCAGGUGCAGCGGCUCCGUGAGCUGGACCGCGAGAUCGACCGCUUCGAGGCCAAGGUGCACCUGGACCGCAUGCGGCGGCACGGAGUCAAUUACGUGCAGGAUACUUACUUGGUGGGGGCCGGCAUCGAGCUCGACGGACCGAGCCCGGGAGAGGAGCCGGAGGGGGUGACGGUGGCCGAGAAGGGGGCGGAGGCGGCGGCGGCGUCCCUGGACGGAGAGGCGCAGGAGGCCGCGCUGGAGGAGCUGGCUCAGCGCUGUGACGACCUGCUGCGUCUGCAGGAGCAGCGAGCCCAGCAGGAGGUGUUGCUGGAACGUCUGUCCACCGAGAUCCAGGAGGAGCUGAACCAGCGGUGGAUGCGGCGGCGCAGGGAGGAGCUGGCGGCUCGCCAGGAGCCCCCGGAACCUGACGGCGGUCCGGAGGGCGAGCUGCUGUUGGAGCAGGAGCGGGUCCGGACGCAGCUCAGCGCUAGCCUCUACAUCGGGCUCCGGCUCAGUACCGACCUGGAGGCCGUCAAGGCGGACUUGGAUUACAGCCAGCAGCAGUGGGACAGCAAGGAACACGAACUGCAGGGCCUUCUCCAGACUUUGCGCACUUUGGAGCAGACUGCGGUGCCACCGGAAGUGGCCUUGGGCUCCGACGGACCCUCGCGGGAACCUCAGCCUCAGACUUGCGCGGAGAUGUGGGUAGACCAGGCCCGUGGACUGGCUAAGAGCUGCCCUGGCAACGACGAGGACUCGGACACUGGGCUGAGUUCCAUGCACAGCCAGGACUCGGACUCGGUACCCCCUGUGUGCGAAUCCCUCGUGUAGGAAGGGCAGGGAGGGAGCCUAGACUGACCUGUCUCUCUUGCUUACAGAGUGCACUGACCCGACCCGCUCUGCUCAGAGACUUGAAAUGGGGCCGGGUGAGCUUAGGGCUCUUCCAGGAGGCAGCAGCGUUCCCACGGUGUGGCCCUGGGGAGGGUAGGAGACCCAUGCCGGACAGCGUGUGCCUUUGACUCCUCCGGGGUGAGUGUGAAGGGUCAGGAACCGGGAAGCCCCAUGAGCCUCCAAAACUCUUUAAAAAAAUGAGAGAGAGAGAGAGAGAGAGAGAGAGAGAGAGAGAGAG